CGCCCCGGCUCCCGCUGCCGCCCCGGCUCCCGCUGCCGCUGCCGCCGCGGCCUUAGGCAUGAACAGCCCGGCCGAGGAGGAGAAGCAGCUGCAGCUCAUCGGCAGCCUCAAGGAGCAAGCAAUUGGGGAAUAUGAAGAUCUUAGAGCAGAGAACAAGAAAACAAAAGAGAAGUGUGACAAAAUUCAACAAGAGCGAGAUGAAGCUGUUAAAAAACUGGAAGAGUUUCAGAAAAUUUCUCACAUGGUUAUUGAGGAAGUUAAUUGUAUGCAGAACCAUCUUGAGAUAGAAAAGACAUGCCGAGAAAGUGCUGAAGCUCUGGCAACAAAGUUGAAUAAAGAAAACAAAACACUAAAGAGAAUUAGCAUGUUAUAUAUGGCCAAACUGGGGCCUGAUGUCAUAACUGAAGAGAUAAACAUUGAUGAUGAAGAGUCAACCACAGAAACAGAGGGAGCCUCUGGAACUUGUGAUUCUGUUCAAUGUCAGCAACAAAUCAAAGAGCUUCGAGAUCAAAUUAUAUCCAUUCAGGAGGAAAAGAAGACAUUAGCUAUUGAACUGGAAAACCUGAGGUGCAAACUUGUAGAAGUAAUUGAAGAAGUAAAUAAUGUAAAGCAAGAAAAAGCUGUUUUGAAUUCAGAAGUUCUUGAGCAGAGAAAAGUCUUGGAAAAAUGCAAUAGAGUAUCUGUGCUGGCCGUAGAGGAGUAUGAAGAAAUGCAGGUGAACCUUGAAUUGGAAAAGGACCUCCGGAAGAAAGCAGAGUCAUUUGCACAAGAAAUGUUCAUUGAACAAAACAAACUUAAGAGACAAAGCCACCUUCUGCUGCAGAAUUCUGCUCCUGACCAGCAGCUGUUGAAAGCUUUGGAUGACAAUGCAAAACUCACUCAGACUUUGGAAGAAGAGAGAAUUCAACACCAACAAAAAGUUAAAGAAUUAGAAGAGCAGCUAGAAAAUGAAGCACUGCAAAAGGAAUUGCAUAGUCUCAAACAGCAGUUGGAACUCCUGGAAGAAGACAAAAAAGAAUUAGAGUUGAAGUGUCAGAACUCUGAAGAGAAAGCUAAAAAUUUAAAGCAUUCAGUCGACGAGCUCCAAAAGAGAGUACACCAAUCGGAAAAUGUAGUCCCUCCCCCACCUCCUCCGCCACCACCGCUCCCUCCUCCCCCUCCCAAUCCAAUCCGGUCUCUCAUGUCCAUGAUCCGGAAGAGGUCUCACCCUGGCAACAGUGGCGCUAAGAAAGAAAAGGCAGCUCAGCCCGAAUCGGGGGAAGAAGUCACGGAUCUGAAGAGACAAGCAGUUGAAGAAAUGAUGGAUAGAAUUAAAAAGGGCGUACAUCUUAGACCAGUUAAUCAGGCCACUAGGCCAAAGGCAAAGCCUGAGUCCUCAAAAGCCUCGGACAGUGCAGUGAAUGAACUUAAGGGAAUUCUGGAGACACUUAGCAAAUCCACUAGCUCAAGAAGCUUAAAAUCACUUGACACUGACAACACUGAAACUGAGUUAGAAAGAAUCUUACGGCGCAGAAAAGUGACAGCAGAGCCAGAUAGCAGUAGUCCAUCGGGGAUAUUAGGCACCUCAGAGUCCAAAUCCAUGCCAGUGUUGGGUUCUGUAUCCAGUGUAACAAAAACAGCAUUGAACAAGAACACUCUGGAGGCAGAAUUCAACAACAACCCAGCCCCCAAUACACCUGAGCCAGGUGAAGGGCCUCAUAAACUGGAAGGAAGAGCAAGUUCCAAGGUUACAUUUCAACCACCCAGUAAUGCAGGACACAGAAGAAAUACAGGCAAUGAGAAACCGGCUGGGCCAGUUGUAGUUUUCGAUCCUGUCACCACGAGUGAAGCAAACACCAAAGAGCAGAUGGCAGAAAAACAUCUAAAUGAGCCCAGGAAGAAUGAAGAAAAAAAUAAGCAAGAAUGUAAGGAAGAGAGAGUUAAAGAAAUGAAAGAGACAAACAGUUCUAACUGCUAAUUUAUAAGCCAAAUGGCUGGAGAUUUUUGCUAGUCCUUUCAAUUAGCAUCUUACUCAAUUUUGGGUGUUGACAAGGACUAUAUUGUGUUCUUGUAACUAUUCUGUAAUACAGGUUUCCUUUGGGAGAUGGGUAGCAGUAGGUUCUCUAACAAACAGCAGAUUUUAAGUUUUUGUUUCUUGUUUUUAUGCUCUAUUAGGGAGAGUUGAGUGUGUUGAUUGUACUUUCUUAAAUUGCUACAAAAAAUCCAGAUCUUAGCUUUUUUUAAAUUGCGCACAUACAGAUCACCAAAUCUAAUAAGAAUUCAUAUCAUUCAUUAGAUAUUGGAGGUAUACAAACAAAUCUACUUUGGAAGCACUGCCUUAGAAAUCUCUAUCACAGGAAUUGUUUCCUUUUUAAUCCUUGUUGGCAUUACUAGACUGAGGAAAUUUUAAAUCCAAAUGAAAGGCUGUUUUAUGAUCAGGCCCUUGGAGAUGUAGGGACAGCAGGGGCAAUGAAGAGGUUUGACACUGCAGACUUAGUACCCAGAGUUUUCCAGAACAGUUUCUAAUUUAGGAACAGGACAUCAAACGGAUGAUUGUUAUACCGAGUGAAUUAAAACCCUGUUAAUAUAUAGGAGGGUCGUUCCGAAAGAAACUCCCCUAUGGACUUCGGUGCGUGUGCUAUGGGUGGCAUGAUUGUAGGACUGAGGGAAAGGCUAAAAUUCAAACCUUUGAAUUUAAUACAGUGAAUUCAUUGUAAGCCAUCCACUGUGGUGAUAUGAGUUAAUUCUGUUGUUAUCAUGUGAUGAUGUGACGCAAAUACCACAUUUGAUCACAGUUCUUAUUUACAAUGAAGUGACAGGUUACGCAAUUUUCUUGCUUCACUGCUGCUCUGCAUUACAUAGGGAUUUUUAUAAAAGAAAUUAAGUGGUGGUAGUUCUCUACAAAUACAUAUUCAGUCUACCACAGUGAACAAAUACAACUAUAAGCAGGGAUUUUUUUUCACUCACACAGCUUCUCCAACUUGAUUGUUUCAAAAUUGGUGUUUAUUUAAAAUAAGUGGUAAUGUACUUGAAUGCACUGUAAGAUUUUUUUAUGACAAUGAUUCAGUAAUGGUAAUUUAACUAUUAAAGAAAACGAAUGGUUUAGUUUUGUUAGCUUGCCUCAGCAUGCAGCUGUCAGGUGUUUCUAACCUAAGGGCAGAAGAAAAUGAUAGUAAUAAUUGCGGUUGUUGGUAUUUUUCUUUUUUGCACGUGUGCUAAGCAAGUGUGGAUUGAAACUGGUUAGGCAGAUGUAUGUAUUUCCUAAAUUUUGGGGUACAUUGUCUUUCUGAACUUGUCAUAUAUAUGUAUGAAAGUACAUAUAUAUGUAUGUAUGUGUGUGUGUAUAUGUACAUAUGCACACGCUUCCAAAUGCUUAAUGGAUUUCGUAUUGGAAAUUAUUGAACUAGUUGUCACAUUUCACAAUUAUUUCUCCCAAGCAGGUAUGGUUAUUGGUAGGAUGAGAGUAUUUGCUAAGCGUAUUAAAGUUUUAAAAAGCAGUUAUUUUAUUUGAACUAUUUUGGUUAUGGUGAUUGAACAUUUCAUCAUGGCUUAUUAAAAAUUACCCCUGAUUGCCAUAGCAAAUUUUGUCACCCUACCUAUGUGUACUUUGUAUAGGGUAUGAGUGAAUUGGUAAUUGGAUUCCCCAAUUUGGCCUACCAAGACUGAGUAAUUACUGAAUGAUGGACAGUUGGCUUUUGAGGUUGACAUUGUAUUAGGGAUGCAGUGGGGAGAAAAAAAAUAAAUCACUAUAAAGUAAUUUUAGAUUUUUCUUCAAUGAGCCAUUUGCCUCCCCCAUUUCUAUAGCCCUCAUCUAAAAAUAAUUGAAACAAUGAAUGUUGUAAAAUAUAGGCUAACAUUCAAGCUUAAUGACGAAUUUUUAAAGUAAGUAUUUCAUAAAAAGAGGGCUCUUUCCGAAAAUAUCUUAAUCCUUUUUGGGGACCAGUUAGAGCCAAAUGGUAGCCCAGAAGACUCACUCCUUUUCAAAACCACUUCCUAUCAUCAUUAUCAUCCUCCAUAUACGUUCACUUGGAAGCUAGAGGUGGUCAGGUGGACACAGUCCCUGGUCUUGGACAGUUAAAGCAAACUUUUAAACCUCUGAGGAUUUGGCCCCAGUGAUGAUGUAAUGAUUUUGAAUGUUUGCUCUCUGUAUUAAUGUUUAACAAUUUCUUCAUUAUUAAAGCACAGUGGAAGUAUGGA